GACCGUGUUGUGCUCUGUGCGCGGAAGCGUCAAAUCAGACGCGUUGAUGAGCGGCGCGCGGCGAAUCGUCACUGAUGGAGGAAAGCAAACGCUGAUGCGGCGAUGGGCUCUGAAUCUGAACCACACGACUGUCUGCGCGGACGGUGUCUGGCUGUCCUCCGACGGAUGGAGAUCAGCGGCCGCUUCCGCUAUUACUUCCAGCACCCCUGGUCUCGUCUGCUCGUGGCUUACCUGGUCACCUUCUUCAACUUGCUGAUCUUCGCCGAGGACCCGGUGUCUCACAGCCAGACGGAAGCGCACAUGAUCGUGGUGGGAAACUGCUUCUCGUUCGUGGUCAGUAAAUAUCCCGGAGGAGGAUGGAACGUCCUCAAGGUCCUGAUGUGGAUCCUCGCCAUCAUCACGGGCCUCAUCGCCGGGAAGUUCCUGUUCCAUCGACGCCUCUUAGGUCGUGUCCUGCGUCUGAAGAUGUUUCGUGAGGACCACGGCUCUUGGAUGACCAUGUUUUUCAGCACGAUUCUCUCGCUCUUCAUCUUCUCUCACAUCUAUGACCUCAUUCUGCUCGCCACUGUUUGGAGAACGGCUGCACCAUUUUUCAGUGAGAUUGAAUGCUGGGCGAUCAUGUCGCCACACAUCGUCUCAAGGUUAAACGCGCUGAGCAUGGCAAUCCUGCCGAUUGUUCCCGGCCAUAACAGCACCAUCAGAAUGAAUGUUUGUGAGCGCAGGCCUCACACGGUGACGGAGUACAUGGGCAUCAGGAACGAGAGCUUCAUGAAGAUGGCUGCUGUAGGAACAUGGAUGGGGGAUUUUGUGACAGCAUGGAUGGUAACAGACAUGAUGCUGCAGGACACUCAUUACCCAUACUGGGGCCGGAGCGCCAGACAGCUGUGGAGACACAACCGCAUCGUGCUGUUCCGCUUUAAGACUCCGUGUCAAGAGAGUCUCAGAAAUGCACCUGAGGGCUUGGAGAAGAGAAGCACUGACUCGGGAUCAGCUCUGGCCUUCAGCGACUGGGAGUUUCCUCACUUCAUGGGCGAUCUGGACAUGAACCUCCCGGGCCUUUCCACCAUGCAGCUGAAGAUCAAACUGCCCGUGUGCAAGCGCAUCUUUAAAGACGAGUAUCACAUUCACAUCAUGGGGAAAUGGUUUAAUUAUGGAAUCAUCUUCAUGGUCCUCAUCCUGGACCUCAACAUGUGGAAGAACCAGAUCUUCUACAAGCCCUAUGAAUACGGUCAAUACGUAGGUCCAGGAGAGAAGAUCUACACCGUGGAGGAUCCGGAGACGCUGCGCAACUUCAACCGCAGCACGCUGACCUGGGAGUGGCGCUCCACCAACACUGACCCCCUCACCAACCGGACAUACGUCCAGAGAGACAUGUUCCUUCACAGCCGCUACGUGGGCGUUAGUCUGGACAUCAAAUGCCUGGCGUUCAUCCCAAGUCUGGCGGCCUUUGUGCUCAUCGGGUUCUUCAUCUGGCUGUUCGGACGCUUCCAAGACAGUGAGACGUUCCCUGAGAACCAAGACAAGAGCUACGAGCGCAUCAAGCGGAAGUCUGCGUCUGAUCUGGGAGUCACGCCGGAGGAAGUGCACAUCACCAUGAGCGAGGCCUUGAAGAGGAACGGGACGCCCAUGCUGCUUCUGGUGGACACUCAUCAUUUCGGGUCAUCAAACAGCUCCAUGUCACCGUGUACGAACGAGACCCAGGAGACCCAACCCAGUGUAGCCUUCGACAGCGGCGCCCAUGAGGACACAGCUGAUGUCAAAAAGCUGACCCCGUGACCGUAGCCAAAGGUCAAACUCACUUCCAAAGUUGCUCGGCGUUUGAAGUCCUCGGAAAACCAUCACAGACUCUCCCUUGAAAUUUCUAUUUUUAUAUCAAGUGAUCUUGCACUGCGCACCAACUUUCUGAACUUCUUCCACGUUCCUCAAGGACAUGGGUCUAUGGUGCUAGAUGUUUGAUUAUUCAAUGUCUUUUUUCAUGUAGAUAAUCUUGUGCCUACAUGGAUGAAAUGCUGUCCUCACAGUGAACGCUUGGCAUGAUGGUCAUGAAAAUACUCGUA